UCGGCCCCGGUCCCGCCUCCCGGAGGUUUUCGCUUUCGCUUUCCUGCCGAUGUCGUUGAGGAAAAUGAAAGUGGUUGUGUCCAGGACUGGCGCAGCUGCCGUUCCGGGCGAGGGGCGCAGAAUGCGGCGGCGGCCAGCCUGGAGCGCGGGCCCUGGGGCGCCCGCGCAGGGCGAGGUGGCAGCACACCCUGGCCCCCCAGGCAGUCCUGAGGAUGGCCAGCAGAGAAACAAGAAAAUGGACUCCCUGGCUGCUGGAGAGUUGAAUGCCAGCCACCAGCCAUGGGUACCAGAGUUUGUAGCCCAUUGGAGGAAAACACAUCAAGCCUACGCCAUUCUGUACCCUUUAGCCAAGCAAGCCCAGCUGAGGCCCCGCAGCGUCCCUGCCCAGCAGAGCUACAGGAGGCCCCAGGCCCCUUCCUGUUCACUCUUGCUCCAUAGACGCCACGCUGCAAAGCAGAUGUGCAGGGACACCACCUGAGGACCUAGCCUGCAGCUCAGCCCCACACACUGUGGAUGGUGGAGAUCCCAGAGGGCCAAGGGAAGCUUGUUGAGACCUCUCUGCACUGCCCCUCCCGCAGCAGGAGGUUCAUGCCCAUGCAUUUCUGGGAGAGUUGAGAGGGCCCAGGUGGGUGGAAUACCUGUCUGUGAGCCCCAUGUCCUGUCUUGUCCCAGCUGCCUGUAGUUUGACCAGAGUAUGCUAGAGGUCAGCCAUUGCUAGGGAGGCUGCCACUAACCACACAAAAAGGAAGGAAAAUUCUCAGCCACAGCACUUAGAGCUGAGCCUGACGUGGUCCUCAGCAAGAUGUUGCAAGUUCCUAAUCUGAACACAGAGGCCAGGGAGUAAGCAUCAUCUGGAGCCCAGAACUGACUGUCAUUACCCACAAACAUAAACACCCUGAGUCAGGCCUUCUCCCCACCCUACUCGGGUUGUCCGAGCCUCAGCACUGGCUCUGCCCUGGGUGGCAGCCCCUGGGAAGCCCAGCUGCCACCUCUCUACAAAUGACCCUGUAGAAGCUGCGCUCAGUGAUCCACUUCCUGGGGUGGGGUUGGGCCCACCUUGUUGCCAUUACACCCCGUUACAAACUGAUGCAACCAGCUUUCAACAGACACUGCCAAGGAAGAUACACAUUACAACAGCAUGCUGCAAUACCUCUGCCCGUGCAAGACACCAGCCCACAUCCAAAAAAAUGGACAUCUUCCCACCCCACUGUCUCACUCUACUGAGCUGGAAGUGGCCUUUGUCAGGACUCUUUGAGGUCUUGAGUGGAUCUACUUUUCCCAAGAUAUUAAACCAGUGACUUUCAAUCCUGGCUGUACAUUACUGUCAUCUGGGAUAUUAAAAAAUAUUGAUGCCUGGAUCUUGCUCCCACCCAAAAGAAUCUGACUGGAUUGAUGUGGGUUUCAAAAAUUUUUUAAGUGUUUGUUAAAGGAUGACAUAUAUGCAAAAAAAGAAAAAAAAAGAAAAAAGCACAAACCAUAAGUGUAAAGCUCAGUGAAUUUUCACAAAUGAAUUGACCCCGAGUAACCAGCAUCCAAAUCAUGAAACUG